AUGCAGGCCAUUCGAACGCGGGCCGUCUGCAUGGCGCGUCAGUCACGGCUGACUGGCCUGCGCCAAUCGAGAUCCUACGCCUCUGGAGGUGACCACGGCCACCACGCCCACGCCGUCGAGGAACCCAUCGGAGGGUUCUUCUGGGCCGUCGUCGCCAUCAUCCCCUCCGCAUACGUCGUUUACAAGAUUACCGCACCCGGAAAGGAUGGCGAGGCGCCGUACCUUACCAAGAAGAUCCAGGAGUACGCUCACUGGCAGGAGACGUGGAAGGAGAGGAACGCGCUGCACACCAAGGCGGUUGAACAGGCCGGCUUCGACAGGCUACUCUUCUUCUCCACCCCUGCCAACCGUGAUGUCGACCUUAGAUUCCCUGAGGCCCUGUCCAGCCAUGCCGCGCGCAACGUCGUUGCGGGUUCCCAAGUCAACUUGGACCACGUUGUUGCUCACUACAAGAAGCAGCAUCUCGAUGAGGAAGAACGGAAAGCGCAGAAGCUUGCCGCGCAGAAGCAGGCAUAA